ACGUUGACUAUGGAAACAGAGGCUAUUGAUGGCUAUAUAACGUGUGACAAUGAGCUUUCACCUGAAAGGGAGCACUCCAAUAUGGCAAUUGACCUCACCUCAAGCACACCCAAUGGACAGCAUGCCUCACCAAGUCACAUGACAAGCACAAAUUCAGUAAAGCUAGAAAUGCAGAGUGAUGAAGAGUGUGACAGGAAACCCCUGAGCCGCGAAGAUGAGAUCAGGGGCCAUGAUGAGGGUAGCAGCCUAGAAGAACCCCUAAUUGAAAGCAGCGAGGUGGCAGACAACAGGAAAGUCCAGGAGCUUCAAGGCGAGGGAGGAAUCCGGCUUCCGAAUGGUAAACUGAAAUGUGACGUCUGUGGCAUGGUUUGCAUUGGGCCCAAUGUGCUUAUGGUACAUAAAAGGAGUCACACUGGUGAACGUCCCUUUCAUUGUAACCAGUGUGGAGCUUCUUUUACUCAGAAGGGCAACCUUCUGAGACACAUAAAGUUACACUCUGGAGAGAAGCCGUUCAAAUGUCCUUUCUGUAGCUAUGCCUGUAGAAGAAGGGAUGCCCUCACAGGACACCUCAGGACCCACUCUGUGGGUAAACCUCACAAGUGCAACUACUGUGGACGAAGCUACAAGCAGCGCAGUUCACUGGAGGAGCACAAGGAACGCUGCCACAACUAUCUCCAGAAUGUCAGCAUGGAGGCUGCCGGGCAGGUCAUGAGUCACCAUGUACCUCCUAUGGAAGAUUGUAAGGAACAAGAGCCUAUUAUGGACAACAAUAUUUCUCUGGUGCCUUUUGAAAGACCUGCUGUCAUAGAGAAGCUCACAGGGAAUAUGGGAAAACGUAAAAGCUCCACUCCACAAAAGUUUGUGGGAGAGAAGAUCAUGCGAUUCAGCUACCCAGACAUUCACUUUGAUAUGAACUUAACAUAUGAGAAGGAGGCUGAGCUGAUGCAGUCUCAUAUGAUGGACCAAGCCAUCAACAAUGCAAUCACCUACCUUGGAGCUGAGGCCCUUCACCCUCUGAUGCAGCACCCGCCAAGCACAAUCGCGGAGGUGGCCCCGGUUAUAAGCUCAGCUUAUUCUCAGGUCUAUCAUCCAAAUAGGAUAGAAAGACCCAUUAGCAGGGAAACCUCCGAUAGUCAUGAAAACAACAUGGAUGGCCCUAUCUCUCUCAUCAGACCAAAGAGUCGACCCCAGGAAAGAGAGGCCUCUCCCAGCAAUAGCUGCCUAGAUUCUACUGACUCAGAAAGCAGCCAUGAUGACCACCAGUCUUACCAAGGAAACCCUGCCUUAAAUCCCAAGAGGAAACAAAGCCCAGCUUACAUGAAGGAGGAUGUCAAGGCUUUGGAUACCACCAAGGCUCCUAAGGGCUCACUGAAGGACAUCUAUAAGGUCUUCAAUGGAGAAGGUGAACAGAUUAGAGCCUUCAAGUGUGAGCACUGCCGAGUCCUUUUCCUAGACCAUGUCAUGUACACCAUUCACAUGGGUUGCCAUGGCUACCGGGACCCACUGGAAUGCAACAUCUGUGGCUACAGAAGCCAGGACCGUUACGAGUUUUCAUCACACAUUGUUCGAGGGGAGCACACAUUCCACUAG